AUGCAGAUUACCAGCAUUGCCAUUAUCCUCUUCACCGCAAUGGGCGCGGUUGCCAACCCCAUCGCGACCGCGUCGGACGAUCUUGAUGCCCGAGACGUACAGCUCAGUAAAUACGGAGGACAAUGCAGUCUGAAACACAACACGUGCACGUACCUGAAGGGUGGAAGAAACGUUAUUGUCAACUGCGGUUCGGCUGCCAAUAAGAGGUGCAAGUCUGAUCGCCACCACUGUGAAUACGAUGAGCACCACAGGAGGGUUGACUGCCAGACUCCAGUUUGA